AACAUUACAUGUAGAGCCAUAUGGUAGAAAAUGUGUUGCGAAGAAGUAUGUUUUCUAACAGAGAUAAAUCUAGCAUGCUUGGAGUAAAUGUAACAGUCGAUGGUUUAAACGAGUAUCGAUUUUAAUCGCUUACGAAUCGAAACAAGAAGAGUUUCUUUUAAAUUGUAUUUGUUUAAAUUCUUUUGGUUUUGAGGACAAUUGUUACAAUACAGCCUUUGAACGUCGACAAAUACGGGAAUUUCAAAUCAGAUCUAUACGCGAUCAAGUGUAUCGAUUGGAGAAUAAAAUAAACAUGUGAGUAAAAAUCAAAAUCACAACGCACCUUAUUGACCGCAGAAGGGGACCAUGCACCAUGAUGAUCGUCAACAAUCGAGUAGGAGGAAUGUGCAAGAAAUGGUUGGAAUUAUGUGGCUGGUUGAUGCUUUUGUUUGUUCCACCGUUGCAUUCCAUGCCAUCAAAAUGUGAUCCUUCGUUGCAUGCCCAACUUAACCGGCAGGAGAAGUACGAAUGCCUGGUGGAGAAGCUGUUUGAUAGCGAGAGGUAUAGCCCGCUGGUCAGACCUGUGAAGAACAUGAACGAGACCAUCAAAGUCGAAAUCAGCGUGCAACUUUCGCAGAUUGUCAACUUGGAUGAGAAAAAUCAGAUUAUGAAAACGAACGUGUGGCUGCAACUUUACUGGGAGGAUUUCCAGCUGAAAUGGAAAGAUGAUCCAUUUUACCAAGAGAUUGGAGAAUUGCGUAUUAACCCAGAGUUUGCAUGGCGACCUGACGUCGUUCUCUUUAACAAUGCUGAUGGCAACUACGAAGUUUCCUUUAUGUCAAACGUUGUGGUUUACUCCGACGGGUCAAUUAACUGGAUUCCUCCCGCCAUCUACAAGAGCUCGUGCUUCAUUGAUGUCCAAUACUUUCCGUUUGACGAGCAGGUCUGCGAGUUGAAGUUUGGCUCAUGGACAUUCAUGGAACAUCAACUGAAUUUUACCUUUUAUCAUAACAUUCCCCAUUUCGAUGUGAGCGAUUACUUAGAAAGCGGAUCUUGGGACAUCGUGGAGGGAGGGGCAACAAUUCAAAGAAUGCCAGUGGGACAAAAUUUUAAGUCAAUGGUCACCUUUGUACUACGCCUUAGAAGAAAACGUUUGUUUUAUACUGUGAACCUUAUAAUUCCCUGCGUCCUGAUAUCAUUUGUUACGAUAUCGGUUUUCAUUCUACCAGCAGAUGCGGGAGAGAAGAUGACAUUGAGCAUUUCUAUCUUACUUGCGUUGGUUGUGUUUCUUUUACUUAUAUCAAAAAUACUCCCACCAUCGUUGACUAUUCCUUUAAUUUCCCAGUAUCUUUUGUUUACAUUUAUAAUGAAUAUACUGGCCAUUAUCUGCACAGUGGUUGUGAUAAACAGAAAUUUCCGUACGCCUAGGACUCAUCAAAUGCCAAUGUGGGUACGGUACGUUUUUCUGAACAUUUUUCCAAGAUUGCUAAGAAUGAAAAGACCUCACCAUGAACAACGCUGGCGAGGCAAACAGGCAACUAAAACCGAUAAAGUUGUCGAUUCUGAAUUGAGAAGGACUGGCAAUUUAAGACGGGAUCCAGAUUUGACUCAUAGUGCAGUGGCUUCCUCUGUGCCUAAAACUACACUUAGUGAUAUCGCUCAAUCGGUGGUUGGUGGUCAGAUACAGAAUCUGAUUGACAGCCAUCAGCCUAACUGUAGACUCAAUGAUGGUGAAGACACUCGCCAGCAGGACACUACUGACACUCAGGAACCACGUCUCCACUUCUCGCCAGAAAUUUACAGAGCUGCAGAUUCCGUCUUAUUCAUACAGAGGCACCAAAUGAAAGAUGACGAAUACCAUACUGUGAUUGAUGAUUGGCGUUACGCUGCCAGGGUGAUUGACAGACUGCUCCUUUUAGUAUUCUUCUUGGUGACCGCCGUGGGGACGCUGUCUAUAUUCCUGAAGGCCCCACAUGUCUUUGAGCAUGUCAACCAGUCAGACAUUCUCGCUAAGUACAACAAGAACUGGGAAAUUGCAAAGAGUGAAUGCGGUGGAUGUGUUGUACAUUUUUCAGUGGUUGUUCUUGUGUGUUUCGAACCUGCGCAAAUGAACGAUGAUGCCAAACGUCUCUACCACGACCUCCUGGUGCAGAACAAGUACAACAAGCUGAUUAGGCCUGUAGGGAACAACACCAAGGAACCACUGACCGUGAAGAUGGGUAUCCGGCUCUCACAGAUCAUCGACGUGGAUGAGCUGAAUCAAGUCAUGACAACAAGUGUUUGGCUUCGUCAGGACUGGCGUGAUCUAAGACUGCAGUGGGAUCCAGAAGAAUACGGAAAAAUCACGGCCAUUGAAUUACCGUCGAAAAACAUAUGGCUUCCAGACAUAGUCCUCUUCAACAACGCUGAUGGGGAUUAUGAAGUGACGUUGAUGACAAAAGCAACAAUCAACUACCAAGGCUUUGUGGUUUGGGACCCCCCAUCCAUUUACACCAGUUCGUGCACGAUCGACGUAGAAUUUUUCCCUUACGAUGUACAAGUAUGCUCAAUGCGAUUUGCAUCCUGGACGUACACUAUUGACCAGGUUGACCUUAUUCAUGAGUGUUCCACAAGCAAGCAUGCACGAGAAGUCAUUUUCAAUGGUAUUGAUUUGAAAGACUUUUACGAAUCUGGAGAGUGGGAUAUUUUAGAAGUGACUGCUGAAAAGAACGUUAACAAAAACAUCGGUUAUCCGGAUAUUACAUUCAAUGUAACAAUGAGGCGAAAACCCUUGUUUCAUACUGUAAAUUUAAUUAUUCCUUCUGUGGCGAUAUCGUGCCUAACUAUCAUUGUAUUUUACCUUCCAUCUGAUUGCGGCGAGAAGAUUACUUUGUGCAUCUCUAUUUUGCUCUCACUGAAUUUCUUUUUCUUACUUCUUUCGGAAACAAUUCCACCAACGUCCAUUGCUGUACCUCUAAUUGGAAAGUAUCUGCUCUUCACAAUGAUUCUCAUAACUUUAUCAAUCAUUGUUACGGUCUUCACAUUUAAUGUCCACUUCCGUUCGCCAUUUACUCACACGAUGUCGCCAUGGGUAAAGAGAGUGUUUCUGAACAUUCUACCCAAAAUGCUUUUCAUGCGCGGUCCAAUUCUCGAGAAUGAGAAUGAAGCGCGAACAAUAGUUCGCACGAGACAUGGAGUAGAAGUACGAGACCAGUAUGUCAACAGACGAGACUUUGAGUUCAGCAGACGAGACUUUGAGUUCAGCAGACGAGACUUUGAGUUCAGCAGACGAGACUUUGAGUGCGAAACCAUGCGUCUUACCGCCGCUGAUGAAGUGAAAGAGAAGGAUACGGGUCUUUCCGUAGAGGCACAAGAUGCUAUUGACAGCAUAUGCUUCAUAGCUGAGCACCUGAAGAAAGAUGAUUAUGUGGCCUCCAUCAAAGAAGAUUGGAAAUAUGUUGCCAUGGUGAUGGACCGACUGUUUCUAUGGAUUUUCACAGUCGCGUGUGUGGUAGGAAUCUUCGGCAUUGUCUUACAGGCCCCGACCCUCUAUGACAACAGACAUCGUUUGACUCCAGUGGAUAGCUCUUACCGAUGCCUGUAUCCAGUGGGACAUAGCGAAGGUUUAUACACAGCAAGCAGAUCAGAGAACACGAUGUGUUUUACACCCAGACAGUGCGCCAUUAACUCGGAGUCGACCAUUGCUAUUGAGAAUGAUAUAGACUUCCGUGAGCUGUGCCAGAAAAUGGAAUGGGACAUUUUAUAUGUGACGGCUUAG